AUGUAUUCAAAAAGCAAUGUCUUAUUUCAAGGACACCGGAACUUCCGUCUCCGAAUAGUGCUCGCAACUUUAUCAGGCAAGGCCAUCAAAAUCACCAAGAUCAGGUCCCAUGACUUGAACCCCGGUUUGAAAGAUUACGAGGUUUCGUUCUUGAGGCUCAUUGAGUCCGUCACGAACGGCUCUCACAUCGAGAUCUCGUAUACUGGUACCACGGUAAUUUACAGGCCAGGGAUAAUUGUCGGCGGCAAAGUGACGCACAACUGCCCGCAUUCGAAAUCGAUUGGCUAUUUCUUGGAGCCGCUUUUGAUGCUAGCGCCCUUUUCCAAGCACAAAUUCAGCGUGCUUUUGAAAGGGUUAACGAACAAGGAGAGCGACGUUGGGGUCGACACCAUCAAGUGGGGGUUGCUUCCGGUGAUGGAGAAAUUCGGCGUGCGAGAUUGCUUGAUACACAUUGUGAAACGCGGCUCGCCGCCCUUGGGCGGCGGCGAAGUUCACCUCGUGUGCAACUCGCUCUUGCCCGUGCCGCUCACGAUUCACGCGAUCGAGUUGCCCAAAUUUUCAGCCAUUAGGGGCGUGGCGUACUGCACCAGGGUGAGUCCGUCCACUGUCAACCGGAUGAUUGAUGGCGCGAGGUCGGUGCUCAAGGGAACGGGAUGCGAGGUCAAUAUCACGGCCGACGUGUGGAAGGGGGAGAACUCGGGCAAGUCUCCCGGGUUCGGCAUCACCUUGGUUGCAGAAUCGAAAAAGGGAUGGAGAAUCGUGGCCGAUAACGUGGGCGGGACCCAGGGCUUGCCUGAAGAUCUCGGCGAGCUAACCGCUUAUCAAUUGAUGGAUGAAAUUACUAAAAGUGGAGGCGUGGGCCGCUUCCAAUUGGCGCUAUGCCUCGUGUUUAUGACCAUUGGCAAAGAGGAUAUAGGAAGGAUCAAAGUCCACGAUAGCCAGAUUGAUGAAAACUUGAUUCACGACCUAAGAGAUAUCAAGGAGCUUUUUGGUACGGAGGCGUUCAUACAAAAUGACACCGAUUUGGACGCCAACGACGAAUACAAAAUCAUCUCGCUCAAAGGAAGUGGUUUCACCAAUAUAUCCAAGAAAAUAGCUUGA